AAAAACCCUACUAAAACCUUCGCACUAUAAUAUAUUAAUUUUACUUCUCCCCUAAUCGCACCCAAAGGAACCAAACUCACUGAGUUACCAUUUCUCAACUUUCCUGAAACUCGCUCGCUUGCAUCUCUUCUCCAGUCCUCAAUGAUGCAUCGCCUCUCCCGGCGCUCGGUAUCCGCCGCCCUUCGCGCCCCCGCUACUCGUUACCGGAUCGCUGCGGCUGCUCCAAUCUCCUUCUCCACUCCCAUCCCUGUCUCGGCAGUGGAGAGUGAUAAUAGUACCAGGUGGUACUCAGCAAUAACUGGAGGGAAAUGUAUCACGACCAGACAUUCCUCUCAAUUGAACUUGAAAAAUGAUUUGUUUUUGGGAAGCCGAUACGAGUCAACCGCGGCAGCAUCUGAUUCAGGAAAUCCACCUCCACCUCCAGCUGAGAAAUAUGAGUAUCAAGCUGAGGUUAGUCGUCUCAUGGAUCUUAUUGUCAAUAGCUUGUACAGCAACAAAGAGGUGUUCCUUCGGGAGCUUAUCAGCAAUGCAAGUGAUGCCUUGGACAAGUUACGGUAUCUAAGUGUUACUGAUCCUCAGCUUUCGAAGGAUGCUGUUGAUCUUGACAUUCGUAUUCAAACUGACAAAGACAAUGGAAUAAUAACAAUUACGGACUCAGGCAUUGGUAUGACACGACAAGAACUUGUAGAUUGUCUUGGAACAAUUGCACAGAGUGGAACUGCAAAGUUCUUGAAGGCUGUGAAGGAAAGCAAAGAUGCUGGUACUGACAACAACUUGAUCGGUCAGUUUGGUGUUGGCUUCUAUUCGGCAUUUCUGGUUUCUGAUAAGGUAGUUGUUUCAACAAAAAGUCCAAAAUCUGAUAAACAAUAUGUAUGGGAAGGAGAGGCAAAUGCUAGCUCCUAUACUAUUCGGGAGGAGACAAACCCAGAGAAUCUCAUUCCACGAGGAACACGCCUUACAUUGUAUCUUAAGCGUGAUGACAAAGGUUUUGCCCAUCCAGAACGGAUUCAAAAGCUUGUGAAGAAUUAUUCACAGUUUGUUUCUUUCCCGAUUUACACAUGGCAGGAGAAGGGAAUCACUAAAGAGGUUGAAGUUGAUGAGGACCCAGCUGAAGCCAAAGAGGCUGAUCAAGAUGAAAAGAUUGAGAAGAAGAAGAAAACAAAGAAAGUUGUUGAGAGGUAUUGGGAUUGGGAGCUUACAAAUGAGACUCAGCCAAUUUGGCUCCGUAAUCCUAAGGAGGUGACAACAGAGGAAUACAACGAGUUCUACAAAAAAACUUUUAAUGAGUACUCAGAUCCGUUAGCAUCAUCUCACUUCACAACUGAGGGUGAGGUGGAGUUCCGUUCUGUACUCUAUGUCCCAGCCACUUCUCCUAUGGGAAGGGAUGACAUAACCAAUCCCAAAACGAAGAAUAUAAGACUCUAUGUUAAAAGAGUUUUCAUUUCGGAUGAUUUUGAUGGCGAAUUGUUCCCUCGAUAUCUAAGCUUUGUCAAGGGUGUUGUGGACUCAAAUGACCUUCCGCUCAAUGUCUCACGUGAGAUUCUUCAAGAAAGUCGCAUUGUACGAAUCAUGAGGAAACGUUUGGUUCGAAAAACCUUCGACAUGAUUCUUGGAAUAUCCAUGAGUGAAAAUAAAGGAGACUAUGAGACAUUUUGGGAGAAUUUUGGAAAACAUUUGAAAUUGGGAUGCAUAGAAGAUCGUGAAAAUCACAAGCGUCUUGCACCGUUGCUUAGAUUCUUCUCUUCCCAGAGUGAGGAUGAGAUGAUAAGUUUGGAUGAGUAUGUUGAAAACAUGAAAGCUGAACAGAAGGAUAUCUAUUACCUUGCUGCUGACAGUGUGAGCAGUGCUCGGAAUACACCUUUCCUAGAGAGACUUCUUGAGAAGGAUCUUGAAGUGCUCUAUUUGGUAGAUCCCAUUGAUGAGGUUGCCAUUCAAAGUCUGAAAUCUUACAAGGAGAAGAACUUUGUAGACAUUAGCAAAGAAGAUUUGGAUUUAGGUGAUAAGAAUGAGGAGAAGGAAAAAGUAACAAAAGAAGAAUUUAGCAGAACUUGUGAUUGGAUUAAGAAACGAUUGGGUGAAAAAGUUGCCAAUGUUCAAAUCUCAAAUCGUCUGAGUUCAUCACCCUGUGUUUUGGUAUCUGGGAAGUUUGGUUGGUCUGCCAACAUGGAGAGACUCAUGAAGGCACAAACUGUCGGUGAUACCUCUACUUUGGAGUUUAUGAAAGGGAGAAGGGUGUUUGAGAUCAACCCUGAGCAUCCAAUUAUUAGAGAAUUAAACGCUGCAUUCAAGAGUAACCCAGAUGAUGAAGAUGCCUUGAGAGCAAUAGAUCUUUUGUAUGAUGCAGCACUUGUUUCUAGUGGUUACACUCCUGACAAUCCAGCACAGCUGAGUGGUAAGAUAUAUGAGAUGAUGGGAAUGGCUAUUUCGGGUAAAUGGUCAACGUUUGACAGUCAGCAGUCAGCAUCACAGCCUCCCCAAACAGAGACAUUGGAAGCUGAGGUAGUUGAGCCAGUUGAAGCUGGUAGCCAGAAAUGAAAAGUGCAUGGUUGGUUUUGAAGUAGGUUCCGUUUGCACAUACCUUAUAUAUUCAGCAAAUUCUGAAAUGGGUUCCUUAGCAAGUGGCGGAUGCAUGUUGGAUGUAAUGCUAGGGUUUCUCGUUUAGAGAUACAAAUGUAGUGAUAAAGUUGAAUGCCGUUGAGAGUUGAGAGUAUAACUGGUUGGACAAAUUGCGAAUCAUUAUUCUCUUUUGGUACUUUACAGCUGCUCAACUUUACCUUUUA